ACAAUGAAAAAGUAUUCGACGGAAGUGCGGAUGGUUGUGAAUUUAAGGUUUGUUGACAGACGUGUAACUGACGAACGAACGCGACGGAUUAUUGUGAGUUGAGCUUAAUUUGAAGAAGUAAUAUUCGUACAGUUAUAGAUGAGUAUCGAUAAAGAAAGUUUCUGGUUGUUGGCGCAAAUAAUUUUACCAUAAAAAAGAUGCCUUGAAAUAAUCGCAAUGGAAUCGGCAUUUGACAGUCGCUUAGAUGCACUGCAAUUAAUAUCUCAGAGGAAGCUUUCGGAAAUAUUACAAAACGUUCCAGGGAAAAAGAACAUAAUUAUUGAUCCAGUUCUAAUGAAAUCUUUGGACAAUGUUAUUGGCGUUUCAUUUUUAAGGUCACAAGGUAUUGAAAAAAUAUUCAAGUUGAAGGAAGUUGGUGUAGGCUGUGAGAAGUCUCAAUGUAUAUACCUGGUGCUGGCAGACCUGAUCACAAUGAAGCGUGUGUGUGAUCAGAUCUGUGCUGAAAUAGCACAUGAUAGACACAAUGUUUAUCACUUGAUACUGGUCCCAUGUAGUCUCUUCAGUAUUGAACAGCUGUUGGAGGAAGAAGGGAUAUACGGAGAGGUCACUGUCCACACAUUCUCUUGGGAGAUGCAUCACAUCGACACCAACCUGCUAUCCCUGGAACUUCCCUGCUUGUUCAGAAUGUUGUUUGCAGAUGGUGAUUGUUCAUUUUUACCAGUAGUUGCCCACUCUUUGUGGUCUCUACAAAUGCUCUUUGGAAGAUUUCCUUUAUUUUUGGCUCAUGGCCGCUAUGCUGUUCAAGUACAAAGAAUGCAAGAACUUCUUUUAGAAGAAAGUAGCAGUGUUGAAAAGUGUGCUUCUGAUAUUGACUGUGUACUUUUGGUAGACAGGGACAUUGAUUAUGCGUCAGCCUUGCUGACACCAGUCACGUACUCUGCUCUCCUUGACGAGGUGUUUGGCAUAACAGGAGGCACCAUAGAGUUAGAUGAAAGAGUGCUCGGAGCCAACAAGACACUGACGUAUAAGCUUAGCAAAUAUGACGAAGUUUAUGAUAACAUAAAAAACAAGCACUUCUCUGAUGUUUAUUCGUUCCUUAGUGCUAAAACAAAAGAGCUUCAAGUAGAAUUUGAGCGGUCAAGUAAAAUGGCUUUGAAUGAAAUAAAACAAUAUGUAAGUACUCAGUUGCAAAAAGUGACAGCUUCAAAACGUGCUCUUGCGUAUCAUAUUGGUGCUUGUGAAGUGGUUAUUGGUGAAAUGGGUCAGUCCUUUGAAAAUCUUCAUACAGUUGAACAAAACAUGCUGGAUGGUAGAAAUCGAAGAGAGAAUAUAAACUAUGUAGAGGAACAUCUAGCAAUUGCUGGAAAGAUUGCAUCAUUGAGAUUGCUGUGUCUUGCUUCAUUAACACAGGAUGGACUGCUGCAAGAUGAAGCAUUAUCAUUCAAAAGUCAAUUUCUGCAUGCUUAUGGCUAUGAGCAUUUAGCAACAUUUAAUAACCUGGAGAAGAUGGGUCUUUUCACCCAGCAAGGGAGCGCACUUUCCCUGAGCAGUCUUGCAAGCGACACCGCGGGGAAACUGGCGGAUCGUGUUGCUCAGGUAGUGUCGUUACCCAAGAGAAGUGCCUUCCAAGCGGUGUCUAACAAACUCAAACUUUUCCCUAACGUUAAUGAUAAAUACGAUCUCAAAAACCCAAAAGACAUGGCUUAUGUUUUUAGUGGAUCAUACAUUCCUGCAGUGUGCCAGUUGAUCCAGAUGCUCAUAAGGCAAGAACUGUCUGUGGACGAAAUUCUCAAACAAAUUCCGGGACCAUCAUCAAAAAGAGGGAGUUUUUUAAAUGGGGCAACUGCUCCUCGGACUUAUUUGGUUUAUUUUAUUGGUGGGGUUACAUAUGCAGAAGUUGCAGCAUUCCAUUUAUUAGAGAAACAAACUGGUACAAAAAUCCUUGUGGCUGGUACAUCACUUACCAAUGGAAAUAAAUUGAUAGAAAGUGCUUUUGGAUGAGUGGUUAUUUUCAGGAUUGACUGUUUGCAUUUUGUGGAUAUGUUUUGUGUGUGUCACGCAUACUGAAUUUAUGGCAGAGCCUAGGCAUGUGUGUAUCUAUGCCUGAAUAAUGCUAGUCAUUGUAGCAAACAAUUGGUCUGCAGUUCUUGCCACGAUUGUUAAAUGUUAAUGAGUUCCUAUAUCCAGCUGAUGCUGGCUACAGAUAAAGAAUAUAAAAUAUUCUCAGGGAUUUUUUUUACUUGUUAGACAAGUAGUCUGUUCUGAAGCUGGUCAGCCUGAUGAGUUUUGCUUAUGCGCUUAAACUUAAUUAAAUUCUCUGCAUAAUAUUCUGAUUUCUUUCUGGUGUUAUAACCAUAUUGUCCAUCACUUAGGCAGAGUUUCAUAUAAGCUUAAUUGUAGAUGCAUUUUGAUUGAGCUUCAGCUAUUAACGGUUUUUGGCUGCUGGUGGGAUUUCACGGUAGAGAAUUGUUGCUUUUUUCACAGUACAGAGUUAAAUACUUUUAGUUCUUUAGACAUGUUAAUUUAUCUGUAGCUUUGACACACACACAUGCUUGAGAUUACUCAUAUAUUUGAUGAUAAUAUAAUUUACACAAAUGAGGAGAGUGCGAUUGAGUGGUUUAAUCAAUUUGUAACAACCUAGACUAAUGCCCUCCCCCAUUGGUUAAAUGCUUUAAUAAUCAAUUUAGUUUUGUUGUCCCAUCGCGUUCAGUACAUUGGUUAUAUUUGCAGAUAUCAUGUAAAUAACAUGUUUUUAUUUCUUUUGAGAAAGUUUCCUGUGUUUGCUGUAUGUUUUAUAAUCAUAAUUUACUUUAUUUCAUGCUUUUUCAAAUUAUUCUGAUGAUUUGCUUACUUUAUAGUGGAUGAGCCCCUUGACCUUAUUUUUACCUGUUUGUUUGUAGAUUUAGGUUUUUGUGGAAUUUAACAUAUUUUCAAAAGUAGUGUUUGUGUUACUUGCAUAGGCGUGCGCACGGUAGGUGCCACAGGUGCCUUGGCACCACCAUUAGGGUUAACGUUAUUUUGUUUUUUACAAGCAGAAAUAAUACAUACUUACAAAAAUCCGUAUUAUUUCCAAAAAAUAUGUUUUCCAAUCGUGUCGAGUUACAAAUAUGUGCUCAUAACACUAUCAGUAUAUCAAUUACCAAUCGAACCAACUAUACACACGGAAACAAGCCAGUUGCAAUUACUUGUGCUCUACACGCGGGCCGCGGCUACGAAACUUCUGAAAUGUAAAUACUUCUCAUAGUUCUCCUCGAAUUACAUAGAAUGCGCGCUCGGUGUCCACUGUUCACUCCACUCGGCAGGCGCACGGAAUAAUAGCCGCCGUCCGCCAGGGUUUAUUUUUAAAAAAAGAGAGAGUUUAGUUAGUUAAAUGGAUAGGCUUACUCGAUGACUUAUAUGCAGUCGCCGACAAAACAUUUUUGUUGUAUUUCAAAAGUUAAAACUUUUGCCUACUCUUAUUUGUGUAUUUUUAUUAUUUUAAUAUUUACAUAUUUAAGGAAUGUUACAAAAACUCCCUUGAUUUGUUGAUUUUAAAACUUAACAUUUGAGAAUGUUUUUUAUAGCAUUUAUUUGGCGUCUUCAGAAAACAUGUAAGUACGGUUUUUCAAAGCCACCAGCAUGAAUUCCGUGCAAACCAUUUGUGCAAUUUACUUUAUGGCUCAACAAAGCUUAAAACUGUAAAUAGUUUAGUAGUUUUCCUGGUGAUUAUAACGUUCAAAGCCAUAAUUUGUCAUAAAAAAUUUUAAAAUUUUUACAUCUGUGUAUUUAAUGUUUUUGUUCGGAAACACCUUAAAUAGCACCAUUUUGCGCUUUCAAAUCCAAAUUUUUCCGGGGGAGGACCCUCGGACCCCCCCACUUUAGGCUCGGGGUCCGUGAAUGACAGGGCUGUUGUGUAAUCUGGCACCACCAAUACUGAAGUCCUGUGCACGCCUAUGGUUACUUGGUUCAUAAAUGAGAGUAUUAAUGUAAUUUUCUUUCAUAAUAUGCAUUCACCAUGAUUCUUUGUCUGAAUGUAAGCUGAUGCAAUAGUGUGGCCUAUUGUGUAAGAAGGAGAAUAAUUAGAGAAAGACAGAGUUUGUAGUCGUGAGAAAAAAACGUUAGAAGUUGUUGGGCAGCUGUUACCAUUUGCCAUGAUUGGCUGGUAGUUUUUAAUUGAUCUUUGUUUUGAAAACAGGGAAGAGGUUAUGUGUAACUUGUUUGUAAAUUUUACAUGUACUUUUUUGGUGUUUGCAAGAUUGCUGCCUCAAUGACUAAAUUUUCUUCAAGUAUCAAUAAAAAUAUUUUGAUAUCAGUUUGGUGUCUGAGAGACAUUAUUUCAGUAACAAAUCUACAGCAGUAACUAUUUCUUUGGAACUAACUUGAUUUUUCAGCGCCCAACUUAUUUAUACAAGUGUUUAUGAAUGUCCACUUCAGGCCGAAUUUUGAACUAGCCGGGGAGUUCUGGAGUGUGACAAAUAUUCACCUUUGGUGACCUGGGUUCAAAUCCUGGUGGAGAAAAACCCACAUUUGCCAGUGGCAAAGCUGGUAAAUGUUUUUGUGAGUCGGUGGAAUUUGUUUCGUUACUGUUACAUUCCCCACCAAAUUCAUUUACUGCUCCACCUUCACCUCAUCCCAUGUGAAAUAAUAUUCAGGCUGGCCGGAAUGGCAGUUCCAUCCAUAUUGAUCCCGUAUCAUCAAAAAUCAUGUAGCUUUUCAUUUAUUUCAUUAUUUCUUAUGUACUGUAUUUUAUCGCAUAUUCGUCGCACAUUUUAUACUAAAAUCAGGUUUGAAAAGUAGGGGUGCAACAUUUAUGCGAGAGAAAAUUUUUUUUUAAGUCAAGUUAUUCAUAAAAAUAAAGCCCAUUCAUGGAAAGUACGUUUAUGCAAAAAAAAAAAGAGUGGAGUAUACAAGAGCACGCCAAACAAUUUAUAUUAAUAAGUAAUACAAAAAAACCUUUCUUCAACUUUAAAUAGAAAAACAAAAUCUAUGACCCGAACGCGAGCCACUUGAAUGUGUGACAACUAACGCGUAACUAUCGUCGUAGUAACACCACGAAAGAGUGCGGGCUAUUAAAUGUAGUUAACUCGGCACUCGACAAAGAGCGCGCGUUGUAUGAAUCGGUGAGAUAUUGAUAUUAGACUACGUGUGCGCGCUGUAUACGGGAAGCAACAUAACCAAACAUGAAUGAUGCCAACUAGUUCUGGCUACGUUUUUAUAAGCGGUACACCGCUGCGACGCAGACGAACAGAUAAAGGUUAUAAUGUUUAAAAAGUCUUUGAAAGAAAAUUUACACAUUAGACAACCUCGUGUUUCCGUUAAAUAAGUGGUAAUGUCCGAAUAAAUAAUUACAUCAUUUUAUACGGAAGAGAUACCUACACAAAGCACUCGGAAUCUAAUAGCGGGACCAAAAACGUCAUGCAACGUUUACGCGAGAAUUUUUUUAUCCAAAUUUUGACGCCCUAAAAUAUGGGUGCGACAAUUAUGCGCGUGUAAUGAUUAUGUAAUAAAACAGAGUAACUUAUUUACACAAUUAGCUUUAUUUUAACGUGCACCAUUGGUAUUUUCAUUCUCUCGUAGAAAAAGUAGGCUGUUAGUCAAGACAAAUGCUGUUAUUUUAAAAAAUUUAUAAUUCAAUCCCAAGGAAAGAUAAUUUUAAGUUCAGUUACUGUAUAGUACAUAUCACAAUUAGAUUGUAAUGUGCAGUGUAAAAUAACUUUGUCCUCGGUUUUAAGUUGUAGUUUUUCUGUUAGCACUGCCCUGGUUUCAGUUUGCAGUGUUGCAAGAAAACCUUAGAAUUCAAAUUGAAAAUUUAGAAUGUUAAAAAUUUACUACUUAUUUUAUUAAUGUGCUGUGUUUGAUAAUAUUAAAUUUAUAGGUCCAUAGUAAUUUUAAAGGGCGACAAAAAUUAAAACUAUAAUUUUUUUACUAAAAUCCUUUUAGCAAAGUCAGUUAGGUUAGGUUUUAAUUUAAUUCAGUGCAUCCAUUGUAUUUUUUUGUAAGUUUGGAAAAAAAGUAUUGGAAAAGUAAUUUUAUACAAAAAUAAUAUGUUACAAAAUACAGUAGACUCUCGAUUAUGUGGGUGCGGGGCGGGUUAGCCAUGCCAUAUUUCUCUUUCAUGAAUUAAUAAUGUGACGAACCAACAAACAAUAUUUUGCCUUUUCCUCAAUUGCUAUUGGCUUCCUUCAUUGCAUAAUUAUUUCCCAAGUGUUCAGCAAACGUUAACAUUCUGCAUGUCAACAGCAGCUCUGGAGAGAAGAGCCAGAAGCGUUAAGGGCUAGUCUACCUUUGGCCACUAGGAUGCGCUAGUGGCAAAUGCGCUAAUGGCAAAUCGGUUUAAUAAAGAACAGUGUCUGGAAUUACGUUAACUGGUUAAAUAAGCUUUCUAUAAUAGAAAAAAAUUAAGUUUAUGCUUUUUAAAAUCUUAUUUUAACUUAAAUAUAUCUCCUAUAUCAAAAACAUUAUUUUGUAACUCAGAAAUGUUGGUAGUGCCUACUUAGGAAAAAAAAAGUUAUGCCCAAGCCCUAUUAUGUAAACAAUACAGUACAUGAAUUUUCAAAUUUAAUUUUAGGUCGAUUGAUCUCUAAAUGUUAUUCAUAAAUUAUUUAAAUGCACUUAAGAUGUAUUUAGUUAUUAGUACUGUAAAUUAAUUUGAAUGUGAGUAGUGUCUUGAUCAAAAUGGUAGUCAGCAAGCACACUUACCAGUUUGGAAAACAAAUUAUUUUCAUUCAAAUACUCUCUUAUGGGAAAAAGUAUUUGACUAAUGCUGUUUUGAUUAUCACUCAGUUUAUUUGAACGAAUUAAGGCGUUACUUUUAGGGGCGGGUGUUAACAGUUGUUGUCUAGAUAGGAUAAAAUAAAUUAUUAUUUUUCUACAUUGCUUUAACCCUGAUUUUUGGUUAUCCGUGGACCCCUUGUCAGUCAUAAACAAACCCAUGCCCGGAUAAUUGGGAGUCUACUGAACAAAAAAAUUGAUACACUGUAUAAAAAAUACAUUACAAUAAAUAAAGAAGUAUUUCUUACCUUCUAUUUUGUGAAUUAGCCACUGGAUCUGUAGUGAGCGGGUCAGCAGUAUCCACAUUAAAAAAAAAUAAACGCCACCUGCAAUGAUCAAGCAGUAUUCGAAGUUAUAUGAUAAGUGCAUAAAUUUAUUUUUAGGUGGCAAUGAAGGAAUCUAAUGAUCUUUAACUCUUUAAUACUCAAGUUUUACUAAGGUAAUAAAAUAACUUGUUUUAAUUUAAUGCUCAAUGCUGUGCAUGUUUAUAAAUUUACACUUUCAGGAAUGACACAUUGGCUUCUUUUUUUUUGUUAGUGUACACAAACGUGUACGUGAUGAAACUAAGAUUUUCCAUUUUUAAUUACUCAGAACGUUAUUCCAGGACUUAAUACUAGGGCGCCAGAGGUCAUCAAGAAUUAACAACAAAAUAACACAAAAAAACUUAUUUUAUUGUUUUAAUCAUAAUGAGAAACCUCGAGUCAUGGAAAUAAUAACCAAACAAACAAAUAUUAAAUAAAGUCUAUGGGAUGUCGUAGAUAACCUGACUCUUGAAUAAAAUACAAAAUAAAUAAAGUUCCUGAAAUUGUUCACUGAGUAAAAGUUUUGGGGUUUUGCUCCGGCUUGCUCGAGCAUGAAACGCCUAACCAAAAGACUUCUGGACUUGUGUACAUAUAGUUUGUGCUAAUGUGAGUAAAUUUGCCGUUAAUCGCCGAAAGUCAAUGUUCAACUAAUUUUAUGAUAAUUCAAAGUUUAUAUAAUUAUAGUUCGCGUAUGUUGACGGUAAAAUUUACGCCAAUUUUAAUAUAUAGCGAUGAUGCAGACCAUACCUUAACUCGGGAUGAUUAAAGUCGUUCGUAAAAUACUCCGUCACUCACGUGAAUUGAAUGCGAUUCUUCUGCAUUCAAUUACAGGGCGUCAAUUAACAUUGCCCAGUAUUUUGACGUAAUUUCCAGAUCAAUAACGCCGAAAUUAGCAUCGCCACGAACGAAAUAUUCCCAGAGGGAAUACACUACCACACGCACUAAAUGGCGUCAUUUUCCACUCUUUCUCUUCUCUCUUGCCGAAAUUAAAUUGUUAAUUGAAAAGGGCCAAUCACGGCCGCGACACGUUAGCGUCCUUUUUAAUGAAGCCAAUGAAAUGUCAAUAUCAAUCAAGCAUAGGCUCGUUAAAGCUGUUCCGAACGCCGCGCGAUUAUUUAUUUUAGCAGUUGUCAUGACGACACAGCACGAGAUGCGCGCGCCGCCAUGCGUGGAACAAAACAAAACACUGCCGAAAGUAUCGGGAAGCGGUAUUAACCUCGAACGUAAAACAAUAAUAAACAGUUUCAGUUAGUCUGAUAAUACCGUAGUAUUACAGUGCCGCUCCCGACAUAAAUUUAUAUUUCACUGUCCAAAAAGUUAAAUUCAAUUUAGAUCGUUAAAACAAAUAACUGGAACUGGUUACUUCACAAGUUGGCAACAUUGCGAUGAAAGUUGAAAAACGUUAUUCUCUUGCCAAACGACACUACUCUUCGUAGGCUGGACAGUCGCACUGUUGUUUGUAAACAUGAUCUGUCUAAAUGUUGUGGAGUAUCAGUUACCUGAUUAGGCGAAGCAAGGAUGUAGAAGAAGGCUCACCAAUCUCCAUACAUGGUAAGUGACAGCUGAGCAGAGAGGUCGACUGCGGUGUAAACCACAGUGCUGGGAUGGCGGUUCAGCCAACAAUACCCUGUUGUAGGCGAUCGACGUCGUGAAGACUGCUGGACCAGUGUGCUGUUCAUCGAUGAUCGCAUCACCUGAUGUCACCAAUGACAUCACGAUGGAUGCCGUGGUGUCGUGCUGAUGCGGACCCACCGGGUCUGCGGCGUGUUCGCUGGGGUCGUACCAACUGGUAAGAGCUGCUGAGUCAAAUGUCCAACACAUGACUCUACAUGUGCCUUGGACUACUGCUGCUGCUGCUGCUGCUGCUGCUGCUGCUGCAGCUGCAUCUACUGCUGCAGACGGUGUCGAAGGGGACCGCAACAAAACUCGUUCAGUUCGUCGGCAAUCAGAAGACACACACACGUUAAUCACACGUCCUAUAACAGUUCUUAUCACUUGCGCGAUAUGAAUAUACAGCGUCCUGUGAUCGUGCCUCAUGCUAUCACUAACCCCUCUUCUUCUCUUGCUCCCCUAAUCUAACAUAAAUUAAAUGACUCGAGAUUCCUCAAACUCAUAAACUUAAUAAUUCAUAACAACUUAAUAAUAAAUAUAAACAUUAAUUGAACACAUAAUAACUCUGUUAAAUAAUAAGGUAAUGCAUAAAUAAACAGUAUUUGCAACAAUAACAUUGCAUAGUGUUUUUCAAUAACAACAACAGGUUAUUGUUUACCUUUAUUGUAGGUGAUGAAUAAAUAAAAUAUAUUUUAUGGAUGUUAUCAACAUAAUAUCUUCACCUAGUAAAUAAUUACAUUCAAUUUCUUAAUUGAGAUUUGUCAAUAAUAUUGGGCUUUCAAUAACAUAUUAGCAUAUUUAAUAUGCUUCUCACAUAUCAUAUGUGAAUAUUUUCCUUCAUCACAUGUUAUACAAUAGCUACACUUAUUUACAAGAAGAGACAUUAUUUGCUUCUCAGCUAUGAAAUAAUGACAAUAACCUCAAGAUAAAUAUUAUUGAUUGAGUGCUAGUGUAUAGUGUUUAUGUUUUUAAAGCUGUUCAUUAAAGACAAUCUUUAAAAUUCUUUAUCUUUCAUUUCUUCUUUUCUCAAUAUAAAGUGGAGUGUUUUUACAUCCUAUUCAUAAGAGUGUGGAUGAAGUUGAUAUCCACUUAUAGUUUCGGGUGUCCUGUGGGAACCCAAUUAAAGUGCAUUAUUAACUACUAGACGAUGAAGAAGCAUAGGUAGGGGCAAGGCAGUAGCCUGGAUCAAACUGUAAGUACUCAUACCAACAAGUGUGUUCAUUUAGUAGGAUAUUAGUCAACUAAUCUUUAGGCCAUUAAUUAUAUGUAGUAUUUAGUUGUGUGUUGCAUUAGUUAUACAUUGUAAUAUGUCACAUAGUGUUUGUACACAUCUUAUGCCAAAUAUUAUUUAAAACUCACGUGUAUAUCCAUUGCUAAUAUGGUCGAACUCGACUAAUAGGGUGAUAAUAACUGUGUCUCAACACAGUAACUGUACACACAGUACAUAAUAUUUGGUAUGUCUCUCUAGGACAAUGUACCAAACCAACGCUCAGGCAACACAUAUGCUCCAAGCACAAAUAUCAGUUGGAAUAAAAUCAUCAACUGACAAACACCCUAAUUCUUCGAAUAUAAAUUACCAUAUCGAAGCAAUGAGGUACCUAUACACCUGGAUUACCUCUAUCAACUCAUGAGGAUAUAUAUAUAUUUAAAUUUCCUUAGUAACAUAAACAAUACAAUGAUUUUUUAGCAUAACACAAGUAAUAAUGGUACAUAUUUGGUGUUCUAAUCCACCACAGGUGUUUUGUAAGGCCUAAGCUGACUCAAAUUGUAAUUCCCUACAAUUUUUCCUGUAUCAGGGUCCUGUAGAGUGUAGCAGUUACAUUUCUCCACAGCUACUACUUUGUAGGGACCUGAGUACAAUAAAAAUAGUUUCUUCGCUAGAUGAGCCCACUUGUUACUAGUUGGUGCUGUACGGCGUAGAACUAAGUCUCCUACAGUGAAUUUACUGAUCCUGGAUGCUGGCUUCCUUUUCUUCCUAAGGUCGGCUUCUCUUGUUAAUUUAUCUCGUACCAGUUCUCAAUUUCUUCCUGAGUUGGCCUCUCCAUGUCUUGUUCUGGUUUGUCGCAUUCCGGUAUUAAUUUCGGUGGUAACACCUCCGAUCUUACUGAGCAUAAUUAUUUUGAUGCUCCUCAAUUACAGCUUGAGUGUAGCUGCAAUUCGCAGUCUGCUGAGGCUGCGUUCCUGUGCAGUUGGGUGGGAUCGGCUGCUGCCGAGCAAAAUAUCCUCGCUGCAUGGGAUACGAUGUGGUUGGAGGAUGGUUGAGUGUAGAGAAACUCGCUGGUGAUUGAUUCACAGGAGCGGUGUCUGCUACAGGGGGAUGCAACAUAUGCUGUUGCAUAUUGUUGGGCGGCUGACGGUUAGAGUAACUCCUGUACUCCCACCUGGGUGGCCUUCCAUUUGGAUCUUCAGGACGGUAAUGCUUUCCCCACCACUGGUUUUGGUUGUGGGUGUAGGGUUUCUUCGGCUGGCGGUUUCCUUGAUGUUGAGGUUGGAAUUCCCUCCUGGUCUUCCACUUCCCUGUCCGGUACUGUUUCGCAGGCUGCCAUGACGUGCAGUGGACGUUGGCCUUGCCGCCGUCGUUACCACGCUGCCAGGGUGUGUAGAGUGGUGCUGCCUUCUGAUGUGUAGGCUUGAGGUCUUUCUCCACCUCACUAUUGUUGUUCCUGGACAGCCGCUCCAGCCGGUCGAAAGCGAGGACCUGUUCGCGGAACUCUGUGAUAUUGUGGAAGCUGCGCCCUGUCAAAUGUACUUGGUACUUGAUGGGUAGCUGGGAGGUCACCAUCGCCAUGAACUCAAUAUCACCCAUCUCUGGUUCGAGGUAGCGCGUCCUCUCGAACAUUUGAGACAAGUGUGUCUCCAGAGUUCGGUUCUUCUUGCUAUCAUACCGCUCGGUAUGCAGACGUGCUCUCAAUGUUCCCUGUAUUUUCACAUUCCAAAACUGCUGUUUGAAAUGGCUUUUGAAUUCUUGGUAGGAAGUGAUGGUACUUUGUAAUACCUCCCACCAGUAAUACGCAUGGUCCCUCAGUGCAGUUGCCAUGCAUUUCAGGCGUUCAGCAUCACUUAGCCUGAACAUGUCAGCGUAUUCCUCGAAACGUCAAAGGAAUCUCAUUGGAUUCUCUCCUUCAUGGGCAGAGAACCUAGGCAUCGCCUCUGACCAUUGGCGUGCCGGGUGGUGCAUCACUGCAACGGGAUCCAAGGUGGUGUGUGUGUUAGCGGGGUUGGAGCGUGUGAUUGGGAGCUCAGGUUGCUCAACUUGCGGUGAAUCACAGCUACUGAGGAUUUCAUUGGCAUUGGUGUUCAGGGCUGGGGCCAAUGCUACAUGCUGACUGGAGGUGCGAGUAAGAUUGUCUACCCUCAACUGCAAUACCUUCUCUUGUAGCUUGCCUACCUGCUGCUCUAUGUCCAUUGAAAACUCUGUCUGCCUUUUCACUAAUGUGUCCACCUGCUCCCUCAUGUCUGUGGUGUGAUUGAUUACCACAUUUUCAAUCAUGGUCUGGCAUGUGGAUUGAAUUUGUUCCAGGCCACAGCUGUUCUGAGCAGCUUGCUCAGCUAAUUGAUUUAACCUGUCAUUCAGCUGGCUGGUCUGGGUAUUUAACUCUGUUGCUAACCUAGUUGUAGUACUACUGCACUGCUGUUGUAUUAGCUGCAACUGUGUAUCAGUGUAGCUUUCGUGUUCUGCCAACCGCACAGAAAUAGCAGCCACACUACUUUUUACUUCACCCAUUUCACUUUUAAGGGUGCUAUCUAUGACUUCCAGUUGUUGUUUAAUACUACUAUUGAGACUCUCCUCCAAUCUAGCACUAGUGCCCUGUAGACUCUCCUCCAAUCUAGCAUUCUGUUCUUCUAGCCUAGUACUAGUUCCCUGGAGACUCUCCUCUAACUUAGCACUCCUAGCACUUUGUUCCUGAAAACUAGCUUGCUGUUGUUGGUGGUUAGCUUUCACCUCUUGCCACAUGCUUUGCAGCAUGAUGAGCAAGCUAGCACUUGUUUCAUUACUAAUUGCAGCUGGCAAUAAAGGUAAGUGUAUGUGUGGUGUGGUGGUAGCUUGGGGUGGUGUCACAUCUACUCUAGCCGCUCCAGCAUGUGUUACUGGGGUAACAAAAUCUGUGUUAGGUACUUGGCUAGGUGAUGUGGGAACAGACACAUCUACAGUGUGUGUAGACUCCACACUGCUGUCCCUGGAGCUGUCCUGACUGACACGUCUACUCCUUCCCCUAGUUUCCAUAUUUACUUAUAACUUACAACAUAAGAACACAAUACAAAUAUGCACACUAUCGGCCCCACAGUUCGUGCGCCAGAAAAAUGGUUUGUAAUUUCUUAUUCCCUUCUGUACACAAACGUGUACGUGAUGAAACUAAGAUUUUCCAUUUUUAAUUACUCAGAACGUUAUUCCAGGACUUAAUACUAGGGCGCCAGAGGUCAUCAAGAAUUAACAACAAAAUAACACAAAAAAACUUAUUUUAUUGUUUUAAUCAUAAUGAGAAACCUCGAGUCAUGGAAAUAAUAACCAAACAAACAAAUAUUAAAUAAAGUCUAUGGGAUGUCGUAGAUAACCUGACUCUUGAAUAAAAUACAAAAUAAAUAAAGUUCCUGAAAUUGUUCACUGAGUAAAAGUUUUGGGGUUUUGCUCCGGCUUGCUCGAGCAUGAAACGCCUAACCAAAAGACUUCUGGACUUGUGUACAUAUAGUUUGUGCUAAUGUGAGUAAAUUUGCCGUUAAUCGCCGAAAGUCAAUGUUCAACUAAUUUUAUGAUAAUUCAAACUUUAUAUAAUUAUAGUUCGCGUAUGUUGACGGUAAAAUUUACGCCAAUUUUAAUAUAUAGCGAUGAUGCAGACCAUACCUUAACUCGGGAUGAUUAAAGUCGUUCGUAAAAUACUCCGUCACUCACGUGAAUUGAAUGCGAUUCUUCUGCAUUCAAUUACAGGGCGUCAAUUAACAUUGCCCAGUAUUUUGACGUAAUUUCCAGAUCAAUAACGCCGAAAUUAGCAUCGCCACGAACGAAAUAUUCCCAGAGGGAAUACACUACCACACGCACUAAAUGGCGUCAUUUUCCACUCUUUCUCUUCUCUCUUGCCGAAAUUAAAUUGUUAAUUGAAAAGGGCCAAUCACGGCCGCGACACGUUAGCGUCCUUUUUAAUGAAGCCAAUGAAAUGUCAAUAUCAAUCAAGCAUAGGCUCGUUAAAGCUGUUCCGAACGCCGCGCGAUUAUUUAUUUUAGCAGUUGUCAUGACGACACAGCACGAGAUGCGCGCGCCGCCAUGCGUGGAACAAAACAAAACACUGCCGAAAGUAUCGGGAAGCGGUAUUAACCUCGAACGUAAAACAAUAAUAAACAGUUUCAGUUAGUCUGAUAAUACCGUAGUAUUACAUUAGAU